ACAACAUUACGAAAUACAAUACCCAGAGACUAGCUGCCGAAACAGUACGCAAACGAAAAGAUACACCACGUGAUGAGAUAGCCCCGAUCGAUCGAGGAUAACUGCAGGGCCCUUUUGUUGUUGAGGCUGCGCAGUCGCAACCUGGAGAAGUUGCGAAGAUGAGCGACCUCGACAAAGCCAUCGCACAGCUGCGAGCAUGUCGUCCGAUACCAGAGGCCCAGGUCCGCGAGAUCUGCCACAAGGCGAGGGAGUUAUUGAUAGAAGAGGGCAAUGUCGUCACAGUCUGCGCGCCCGUGACGAUAUGCGGCGAUAUUCAUGGCCAGUUCCAUGAUCUGAUGGAGCUCUUCAGAGUGGGCGGCGAUGUCCCAGACACCAACUACCUGUUUAUGGGCGAUUUUGUCGACCGCGGCUUCUACUCCCUCGAAUCCUUUCUCCUCCUCCUAUGCCUCAAAGUCCGCUACCCAGACCGCAUGACCCUCAUCCGGGGCAACCACGAGUCCCGACAGAUAACAACAGUAUACGGCUUCUACGACGAGUGCCUUAGGAAGUACGGUAGCGCGAAUGUGUGGCGGUACUGUUGUGACGUCUUCGACUACCUCGCCCUGGGCGCUAUCGUGCUAGGCACGUCCAACAUCCUCUACCCUGCCACCGAAACAUCCACCGCCAGAGAUGGCGGUUCCGUGGGCAAUCCUGCAGGCGCCGUCUUAUGCGUUCAUGGCGGUCUCUCCCCUCUGGUAGACAGCGUGGACAAGAUUCGCAUGCUCGACCGCAAGCAGGAGGUCCCACACGAGGGCGCCAUGUGCGACCUCCUGUGGUCUGACCCUGACGACAUUGAUGGCUGGGGCCUGUCGCCGCGGGGCGCUGGUUUCCUGUUUGGAGCCGACAUCGUCAGAUCUUUCAACCACAAGAACAACCUGUCGCUGAUUGCACGGGCGCAUCAGCUCGUCAUGGAGGGCUUCAAGGAGAUGUUUGACACAAGCAUCGUCACUGUUUGGUCAGCGCCAAACUACUGCUACCGCUGUGGAAAUGUCGCCGCGAUAUUGGAGCUAUUCGAGGAUGACUCCGGGUUGGGAGUCUUCUCCAGGAGCAACGGGGAUGUGAAUCGGAGUAAUGGCGUGCCCACCCGAGAAUCCAUGACGGAGAAUGAGAUUCCAUUGGAUAUGGGACCGGCCAGGCGUUACAGAGUAUUCCAGGCGGCUCCACAGGACUCGAGGGGCAUGCCGGCCAAGAAGCCAGUUGCUGAUUACUUCUUAUGA